AGAAUCUCGACAGACAAACUCAAAGUAUCGCACUGCGACCUCAAGGAUUUGAUCCCUCCACAGUCAUCUACGACGCUUUCUGAAUCACAGGCUUUCUUUGAACAAUCCUCGGCAUGAUCAUGGCUAGCUCUACGCUGACUGCCAGUCUAUCCCCUGCACCAACGAUGGACCACCAGGACAUGGAUGCAGUGAGCGCAUUGCUCGGAGUGUCACCGUCGCGCACGAACGGCUUGCUACGCGGAAGCACAUGGACAUCGUCUAGUACGGUGCCAGAACCGACAUCACAUGGGUUCUCAUUCGCACCCGCACGUAUCGUAAGCUUGGACGAGCCAUCCUCUUCGCCUUACAUGACUGCUUCUGGUAGUCAUGAUUCGGGUCGGUCUCCUGAAUCUGUGACUCUGCAAACAAGACCUCGCUCCAAUUCGGCUGGACUAGAUGCUUUGGCCUUGUUGGCAUCCAAGGAACAAGCCAAAUACGAAAACACAAAGCUCCAGAAAGAAGAGCAACCUUCCUCGUUUGAAAGUUUCAUUCUUUCCGCUUCGCCCUCGUCUUCGAGCGACGACGAUGACUCGGAAUCUAUGCCGCCACCGGCGCCGCGCGGACGUAGACGAAGUGCAUCGAAUCCGGAGGGAAUGGAGAAGUGGGACUCAUUGAGCGUGGGACGCAAUCAACACAGGAACAAUUCUUGUCGUCGUCAUUUUAUGCUACCAGAUUACGUCCUAGCUGAGGAACUGGCAGAAGCAAGUGCCGCUAUAGAAGCGCACGGUCGCAAACCACCGAGGACCAUCCCUGAACACGCUGAAUAUGAAGAAGAUCCAGCGGACAAUUUUAGUAUCAGCCAAGACGAGGAAAUAGAAGAGAAUUUAACGCCAGCAGAAUUGCUUCGCCGAGCACGAUCUCGGCUUUUGGAGGAUUUGAGCGAGGGAAACAUUAGCGGAGACAAAGGGGUUGUCACGCUACCGCAUUCGCUUCCGAAAUACAAGGAGUUUUACAACAAUGGUCGCAUCGGAAUCUACACACCUAACGAACGAGCAGCGGUAAUUGACCGAUACAAGGACAAACGCUGCCGCCGCGUUUGGAAUAAGAAGAUUCGCUACGGUUGCCGUAAAAAUUUAGCAGACCGCCGGUUGCGCGUGAAGGGGCGAUUCGUGAAACGUUGCGAACAAGAGCAGCUUGCUAAGCUGCUAAAGCUACAGGCGGAGGAACAGGAAAGCAACGUUGCGCUCAGUGAGGACGAUGUAGCUACCAAUGGGGACGAAGACAUGCCAGAUGUUAACGACCCCGAAGCUGGUUUUGAUCCCACGGACGAUCAACCUUAUCGUCGUGUCCGUCGCCAUACGAUUACCUAAUUUUUGAGAUGAAGAAAAGAGAAGCUAUCAUGCAUUUUACAUAGCGCGCUAACCUUGAAAGCAGCGUCUUGGUACUAUUGACUCCUCUGCUAACCUUAAUAGUUACUUACAAUUAACUGUAAGACUUUUUAAGUC